CGUCAUUCAUACGCGCCAGAAAGGGGAGAGGAUAAAUACAAAACGAACCGCACCCCCUGAAUCAGGCGACCGCGCUUGCUCGCGAAUCACUUCUGUGUGGGCGGAGUUUGGGAAGAAAGACGACCCUGAAGAUGAAGGCUCGGCGGGCGCUGCAUUUCGUGUUCAAAGUGGGCGACCGAUCCGAGACCGUGCACUUCUACCGGGAUGUACUGGGCAUGCGCGUUCUAAGGCAUGAGGAAUUUGAAGAAGGCUGCAAGGCCACUUGUAACGGCCCCUAUGACGGCAAGUGGAGUAAAACGAUGGUGGGCUACGGUCCAGAAGACAACCACUUCGUCGCGGAGCUAACCUAUAAUUAUGGAAUCGGAGAUUACCGCCUUGGCAUCGAUUUCCUGGGGAUGACUAUUGUGUCCAGCCAGGCUGUGAGCAAUGCCAAAAGGCUGCAGUGGCCGCUCAAAGAGCUCUCAGCAGGCGUCUACGAAACGGAAGCCCCAGGAGGAUACAAGUUCUGCCUGGAAGACAAAACGUCAGCAAAGGAAGAUCCUGUGCUGAAGGUUACUUUGGCCGUGUCCAGCCUGCAGAAAUCUCUGGUCUACUGGUCCAAGUUCCUGGGCAUGAAGCUAUACGAGGAGGACAAAGACAAGCAGAAGGCUCUGCUCGGCUAUGGAGAUAACCAGUGUAAGCUGGAGUUGCAGGGCAUCGGCCAAGCCGUGGACCACGGGUCAGCCUUUGGGAGGAUCGCCUUCUCCUGCCCCAAGGAAGAGUUGCCUGGCAUCGAAGCCUUGAUGAAGAAGGAAGGCCAGAAGAUCUUGACCCCCCUUGUGAGCCUGGACACGCCUGGGAAAGCGACGGUUCAGGUGGUCAUCCUGGCGGAUCCUGACGGCCACGAAAUCUGCUUUGUCGGGGAUGAGGCCUUCAGAGAGCUUUCCAAGGUGGACCCAAACGGUGGGAAACUCUUAGAUGAGGCGAUGGCGGCCGACAAGAGCCAUGAAUGGUUUGCCAAACGUAACACCCCAAAGCCUUCCGCUUAGCAUGGGGGGGGGGGGGAAUCAUCUGGUUGGCAGUGUCUUUUGUGGGGACCUAGGAAAGGAGGCCAUUGGCCAUAUACUUUCUCCGCACGUGGAGGAGUAUUGCUGCUAUUGCUUGGAACUCCUUCUCUUUUAAUUAAAUUAAUUGCAGUUUC